CAACCAGAAGAAAUGAUCACUGAGAGACCUUCCAACCUAAUCAAACAUGCAGGGCAAACAAGCAUUCCUUCCCUUGAAAACAGAAGUGAUUUCUCCUUAAAUAUCACUGACUGCACCCCAAUCGUGGUUCCAGAGGAAGUUUUUUUCACUGUUGCUGCUGCAGGAAUACUAGAAAAUCUUCUUGUCCUUAUUGCUGUUGUUAGAAAUAAGAACUUGCACUUGCCCAUGUACUUCUUCAUUUGCAGUUUAGCUAUUUCAGAUAUGUUAGGUAGCUUGUACAAAACUCUGGAGAACAUCUUUAUCAUCUUGUGCAAAAUGGGGUACCUGACACGUCGUGGGGACUUUGAGAAAAAGCUGGAUGAUGCCAUGGAUUCCAUGUUCAUUCUGUCUUUACUGGGGUCAAUUUUCAGCUUGCUAGCUAUUGCAGCAGACAGAUACAUUACUAUAUUCUAUGCUUUGCGGUACCAUAAUAUCAUGACACUAAGAAGGGCCUUGGUUAUCUUGGCAAUCAUUUGGACGUUCUGUGCUGGCAGUAGCAUUGCCAUUGCCCUCUUCUCCUAUGAAGCAGCAACAGUCAUUCCCUUCACCAUCCUGUUCCCUUUAAUGAUGUUUUUUAUACUGUGUCUCUAUGUCCAUAUGUUCCUGCUGGCUCGAUCUCAUGCUAAAAAGAUCGCCUCACUGCCGACCAGCACAGUCCAUCAGAGAACUAACAUGAAAGGAGCAAUUACACUGACUAUUUUUCUUGGAGUUUUCCUUUGCUGCUGGGCCCCAUUUGUUCUUCACAUCCUCUUAGCAAGAUUUUGCCCACAUAACCCUUACUGUGCCUGCUACAUGUCCAUUUUCCAUGUGAAUGGGACACUCAUAAUGUGCAAUGCGAUCAUCGACCCCAUGAUUUUUGCCUUCCGAAGCCCAGAAUUACAGAGUACAUUUAAGAAGAUGUUCUGCUGUGCCAGGUCAAACUGGAACUGGUAAACUCCAUGAGAAGUGAAGAUUAUAGAAGCAUACCUGUGGAGUGCUGUGUAACAUCAGACUUAAAAAUACCAACAAUUAUACCCAAAGUAAUACUAUGCUUACAGGAUACAUUGUGUGAUUUUAGGGCUACUGAAAAUGCAUAAAAACUAAGUAUGCAAACAAAUCUUUACCAGCCAGAACUCCAGAAUUAUUGCUGAUUAAGUUAAUUCUGCCAACAAUUUUCAUGCAAGUAAAAAAAUAACUCUAUCAACUAUCUUAUGUCAUUUUAGAAAAAAUCAAAUAUAAAUCUUCUGCAUUGAGUAUUGCAUUACCCCAGAGACGAGUUCCUGCCAACUUACUUUGUAUCAAUUAUUUUAAUGUAAGGCAUAUACUACUUUCAAAUUCUGUUGUUUAAACCACAAUGAAAUGAAAAUUUUUUCUAAACUGCACAUUUCUGUGAAAGUCUAUGAUAAAUUAGAAAAUACGGACUUGUAACUGGAUUAUGCUGGAAAAGUGAAUUUAUGACUGUUCUUUAACUUCUAGUCUCCUUACAAAUCAUGCAAUUAGUGUUCUUUAAGUUUCAAACAGAAUUUUGGAGUGUAAGUCAAAGAGAUAAAUAUAUUUUGGUUUAAAGUCUAUUUUUAGUGACUGAAGACUUUUUUCCAACAUAAAGUUGUUGUGGCAGCAAAGACAGAUAUUGAAUUUUAAAACCCCAAAGCCAGGUCUGGACUACGAAAUGGAACUACUGAGCUUGCCAUGUCCCGAUUGGAAGUCCCUGGGACAGUUUGCUUUAAUAAAAUAAUAAGCUUCACAGACAGUAAAAGGACUUUGACUCAGUCAUGACUUUCUAACAUGCCACAACAAAGAAUUCAAAAACCACAAUACCAGAGCCAAAGCUCAAAUACUCCCAUGGAAGUCAAACACCUUGGGUAAGGAAUCAUCUAGCCAAUAUGGAAGGACGUUACAAAGCAGUUUGUAAUUUACAAAAUCCUAGCGAGAAAAUUUUGAAUUGUCCCUGUCAAAAUAAUACAAAACUCACAAAGCUUCAAAGCAGAAGAGUUUUCUACAGCAAAACAUCCUGGAGCAGUCCAGAGCAUAUGGCAAGAAAUUAACAUCACAAUAAGUCAGUGGAGUUACUCACCUCUGCCAGAGAAACGAUAUUUAGAAAGAGACAGCCAUGAAACUAAGAAUGCCAAAGCAUAGCUAGAACAAGGAGAGGAAAAAAUAACAUUUAUCAGAAUUUAUAGAUAAAUAGAAGAAUUUACUUUCGUGGAACACUAAGAAAACAGGAAUUUCAAGGUAUAUGGAAUAUGGACCCACCCAUACAUAUUCAAGUGGGUUUAGGCUUACAGAUAAAACUAUAAGAAAGGGACAAUAAACCAGAAAGCCUCUGUAAACUCAGCAAAGAAAAUAUCUUAAAUGAGAAAAAAGAUACUGAGAUGAAAAAUUUUCAAACCUAUAUAUUUAUUACAAAGAAUUUUUAUCUAUGAAAUGUGAGUUCAGAAGGGAGUUCAGCUGUAAUCACAUAUUUUAUUUUAAUGAGAAGUUUUUCCUUUCCAUCAAAAGCAGAACAAAUGUAAAGGUGCACAGCAAGAAAUGACAGUUAGACCUAGGGGAGGGAGGGAAGAAAAAAACGUACAAUAUGAAAGACAAGGCAAAACAAAAGACCUACAGUACCAUAAAACCCUGCGUACACAUUUGAUGAGGUUCAAAAUGAUAACAAAUAAUGGACAGAAAAUUGUAAUUUAGGCAGCCCUGAUAUUAAAUCUGAAACACAGAAAAUAUGUACUGAAUGUGCCUUCCCUCAAAUUUCUAUUUUCCAUCUGCUUCCCUAAACCAGACACAGUUAAGAGAUCUAAGUAGCCUCCACCAUGGUAGCAGUCACUGCAACUUUUAAGGAAGUCCACUCUAACUCUACAGAUGCAAAAUCUCCAUGUUCUCUUCAAAUCUAAAUUUCAACAAAUGCGUACAAUAAAAAAUUAACUUCAUAAUGCCUACACAUGAAGAAGUAAUCAUUAAAAAAAAAGUACAUUUAGAGGAACAAUCAAGGCAAGGGUCAUGUCGAAAUCCAAAAUUCAUCAGUAAAACAUAUCACUGAAAUCCUGUAUAAAGUCUUUUGCAAAGGACUCCUUGUCUUGUGGAGACACUGGCAGUUAGGGCUGGGAAAGCGACAAAUGUGAGAGCCCAGGCUGGGAGUGGCCAUGGCCAUGGCUACAGCAGGCCCCAGAUGAGGCCACCAGCUUCUGCUUUCUUCUACCACACCAGUGUGAUAUCUCAGGGUAGUCCUGAGCCAAGCGUGGCUUGCCUUGGAAGAAGAAUGUUGACAUGGACCUGGCUACAUUCAGCUCUCGUCUGUCUACCCUCACCUACAUUAGAGUCUCAGGAACUACUUGAUGCCAGCCUUCCUCGCAGCAUCCCCAGGCCCAGGGAAUAGAGAAGCGGGAAUAAUCACUCACAGACUCUAGGACCCAGAGCCCAGCUCUCACCCCUGCACUUCCAGUACUUUGCUUUGGACCUGGGCUCCUACCUGGCCACAAAAACUGACCCCCAGGCUAUGCCAAGGAGAGAGUGGCCAGAGGCAAGGGCAUUGGAGAAGGCACCAUUCCCUCCCUCAUCCCAGACAUCCAGCCUGUCUGAUGGGUUUCCUCACUGCCCUGUAUGUGCUGCAGCCUCAAGAAAUGGCUGGGAGUGCUGGAACUCUACUGCCAUAGUCCCAGACCUACACCAGGAGCCCUCAGACUGCCUGUCUGGAGUACAAACUCUCACCAAACAGCUGGGUUCAUUCCCUCCUUUCUAUUACCUCAGUCUCACCCUCGACCUAAGACCCUAAAGGCACCUAAGAUAAGAUACAAAAUUCAUCCUACAAGCACACUUUUGAUCCCCUUCCUCUUGGCUCUACUUCAAGGGAAGACCAAACUGUCCUCUAGUAGCCCAGAUGCUACAGUACUUCCCAGGCUGUCCCGUCUUUCCAAGCACCAUCCCCAAGCCUCCCCCACGGUAUUUACCUGCAAAAUAUGAAGCAGACCUAGUUAUGUAGGUUAUGGCCCACUGUGAUUUUUUUUUUCCAUGUAGCUUAUUGAAAAAAGAAGUCAACGUUUAGACAGCAAAUUUUGGGCGGGUGUUAUUCUAUGUCAUUUUCUGCAGUUAGCAACAUAGGGGCUCAGAUUGCCAUGAGAUCCAAGCACUGUCCAGAACUGGUUCCCACCUGAUGUUACCAGGUAUUCUUUGUCGCCUGUACCUGGUCUUACCUGUAGAUAUACUCAGAACAACAUCCCAAAGCAUUUGUUCAUGUCAUGAUGCCUGAGCAACACCUGAACAUAUGGUUUGAGGCUACCUCCUAAUUGGCCAUAAAUUUGGCUUGCAUUUUA